AUGCCCUUCUCCUUUUACUUGCACCUUAUAUUGCAGGAAAUUUUUGAACUGUAUCCUAAUAAUGAAGAAAAGCAACAUGUUAGGCAACGGCUUCUCCUGCCAGUAGAUCUUAUUGAAUUGUGCCUUACAAGUAAAAAUCGAGAGCUCUCCUUGAGAGCUUUUGAUGAUGACUGGGAAAGACUCUAUCAAACAUCUAUUGAUGAAGGGUGGAGUGAUGAAGAGACCUUACAGACUCUUAGAGAAACCAUACUUUUCCAGGCUUCUAGUAGGUGUAAUGGACCCGAAGCGGAAAAUUAUGAAGGAGGGUUUGAUGAAGUGCUACCGCUAAGGCAAGAAAAUCUAGAGCCUCCAACUUCAAAGGAUAUGGUUAGUUCAGUGGAAGCCAUUCUGAUGCAACACAAGGACUUUGCGGUUGCUGGAAAGUUGAUGCUGACUGCAAUCAUGCUAGGAAGCUAUCAGGUAGAUGCAGGAAUGGAAGAGAGUCCUACGCCUAUGGGGUGA